GUGAGUGGCGUGGUGAGUGGCGAACCUCGCAAUCUCAUACUCGUGAUCAGGCUGUCGACUCGACGACAACCCUUCCUUGUGCCAGUGCUUCACCCUCCGUCACGAAUCGCAGUUUGCAUUCUGCUUCCCGAGAGUAAACUUCUUCAGGAGAAAGCUUGCCAUUCACUAACUAUUUCCGGGAUGUAUCGAAGGAUCUUAGUGCUAAUUGCUACCCUCGCGUUCGUGUUGGCGGUCUGUGCAGAUAAGAAUUUAAGAUGCUACAUGUGUGUUUCGACAAAGAAUCCUGGCUGUGAAAUAGACCCUCAAGCACACAAUAUUCAACUUGUGGAAUGUACUUUAAAUUCGAUGCUGGAUUGGAAACAUAAUAUUCAACAACACACUAUGUUAAGGUCGAUAGCUCCAAUUUUCGACGUUGACGAUUCACAACAUCAUCUAUCUGUUGUUCCAAUGAUGGCCUGUGCUAAAAUGAUUAUGCGGGCUAAUAAUCAAAGUGUCACAGUAAGAAAUUGCCAAGUAGCAAAGACAGAGAACAUUGAUCCAUGCAAAACGAUGGAAGGGAUGUUAGCUGCCAAUAAUUACAAACUGGAAUUCUGUGAAUUGUGCACGGAGGACGCUUGCAACAGUUCGAUUGCAAUUUCGCCAAAAAUUUUCCUCACGCUGUUGUCCGUUCUAGGAGUUCUAGUUCUGGGCUAUUCUUAUAACAACGCGUAACCUUUAUAAUAUAUGAAGUUGCGGAGUGUUGAUUGCAAUCAUCCUCAGAGACAUGUUAUUCGUUAAUCGAUAGCGUAUUCUAAAACUUGAAAACACACAUGCGUAUGUAUAUACAUUGUUCAUAAAUAUUCCACGUUAUGCCGUGAGUAUGAAUCAUAUAAUGGAUACCUGCGGCAUGAACUAAGAAAGAGAAAACAAAUUUGAAAUUCAGUGUUGUUAGAUCAAUCUCUGGGAAUAACGAAUAAAUUAUUUUUCCGUGUAUUUCUUAAUCUUUUUAUACAAUUUUUAUUUAUACUUUUCGUACGAAACAGGUAAUUUCCUAUUUCGUAUAGUUGAAGCAUGAAUUGGCUAGAAUAAAUUGUUCAGCAGAUUUUAUAACAUCGAAUUCGAGAAGUUCAUGUCUAUACUUGUUAUAUUUAACAACUAAAAAAACAUUAUAGUGAUUGUAUUGAUGAUGGUAUGUGUGUCAUAAAUAUUCGAAUGUUUAUUGUAUUUAUCAAAUUGCAUUUGCGAUUCAAUUCAUUGAGCGCGCAACAUAUAAAUAUAUGUUAUAUACUUAUAUUAUAUAAACUUAGAAGAAGCUUAUAAAACAUGAAAUUUUGGCCAAUGUUUAUAUCAUAGAACGCUAUUAGCUUCAUAAGAUCGAAUAUAAUUGAAAAUGAUAUUAUUGAAAAUUGUCAUGAGCAAUAAAUAAAUAUAUAUA